AUGUGUGUAAAAUGGACGUGUUGUUUUCUCUUUGCCGUCCUCCUCACAGUAUCGACGUGUGAGGUGUUGAAGGUGCGAGAGGGAGAAUCAGUCACCCUGAACAUAAGGGGGCAUGUGGACAAGAACAACUUAAUAGCAUUUGAGUGGUCUGUUAACAACAUGACUAUUGCAGACUACAGGAAUAGAACAAUUUAUAUUGAUCCACAUUUUAAAGGCAGAGUAGAGUUUGACGAGGACACCUUCUCUCUGGGGCUGGGGAAUCUGAUGAAGAAUGACUCUGGUCACUACACUGCAGUGAGGAAUGUUUAUGGUAAACCAAAAGAGAUGGUGGCUGAUUACAGCAUUUCUGUCCUGGAGCAUGCAGCAGCCCCGACUCUGACUGUGGUGUCUAACUGGUCCAGCAGUGAUUCCUGUAAUGUGACUCUAAACUGCACAGGACUCAACGUGUCUCUGAUCUCCAGCUGUGACGGCACCUUUUGCUCUCAGGAGGGAAGAAACAGAUUCCUCUCCAUCUCUCUCAAUCAUGCCACCGUCUCCUGUAACCAUAGCAACCCUGUUAGCUGGAAUCAGACCUUAAUUGAGCUUGAGCCUCUCUGCCAACUGUCCAGAAAAAGACAGACACGGAGGUGGACAAUAGAAGUCAUUUUUGGAAUUGUAGCUUGUGUAGGCCUAAUCAGUGCUGUGAUGAUUGUAGCUGCUAUUUAUUGGUGGCACAAGAGCAGAGACCACAAUAUUCAGAUUGGCUGUUUUACAGGUGGAAUCGCCCUAUGCUACUGUAAUGUAUCAACCUGUGCCACCGUCAAGGAGAGAGCCAGUCAACUUACCCACAGCUCCAAUCACCUAUGCUACUGUCAAGUACCUGUGCCACGGUCGAGGAGAAAGCCAGUCAGCAUAACAACUGCACUGGAAAAGAGGGAAAUGUCUUCACCUGUGCUGCACACAAUGACAUCGAAAUUACAUUAGGCCUAUUUCAUAAUUUAAACAAUUUCAUUGGAAGGACUUGCUGAAAAUUGGUAAUCAUGGCAAGAACCAAUUUUGUAAAUGGAAAGAGAAAUGUUACAUUCAUUUU